AUGCAAGACGUAAAUUCAUCAGAAAACACCCACGGAUCAUAUGAAAAGGCCAAUCCCUAUAAAUACGGAUGCAUCAUGUACAUGCAUUUAGCAAAUUACGGGGCGACCCAGAUUUCAUUGGUGGUUGGUAUGAGUCUGUUCACUGUCAAGUACACCAUUAAGAGAGUGGACGAGACAGGAUCGCCCGAGCCAAGAAAAGGGUCCGGACGACCUAGAAAGAUUGACGAGAGGACAGAAAGACACCUUGUUCAAAUAGUUUCUUUUAUUACUGAGGAGCAGUUGUAUGUUGAAUACAUGCCAUGA